AUGAACUUCAAUACCAGCCUCUACUCAAAUGCACUCUCAGGGAUCUCGGAAGAGUUCAAUGUCAGCAAGCAAGUGGGACGCUGUGGUGCGAUGAUCUUUCUCGUCCUGUAUGCCUUUGGUUGUGAGCUGUGGGCUCCAUGGAGUGAAGAGCUCGGCCGAAAGCCCAUUCUCCAGCUGAGCCUUCUUCUCGUCAAUAUCUGGCAGAUUCCAGUUGGAAUUGCCCCCAACUUUGCCACGAUCAUGGUCGGUCGCGCCUUGGGGGGAAUAUGUACCGCUGGUGGCUCGGUCACUCUGGGAAUGAUUGCCGAUCUAUGGGAGGCUGAAGACCAACAGUACGCCGUCGCCUGUGUGGUGUUUUCUUCUGUCGGAGGAUCGGUCUUAGGCCCAGUGGUAGGGGGGUUUGUAGAAGCAUAUCUGCCCUGGCGCUGGAAUAUUUGGAUUCAACUUAUCUUUGGUGUUUUCGUUCAGAUUGCCCAUCUGGUGCUCGUACCGGAGACUCGAACAACGAUCAUGCUCGACGGCAUUGCGAAGAAGCGGAGACAAAAUGGAGAAGAUGUCUAUGGUCCAAAUGAAUUGGUCUCAUUCAAGGAUCGAUUCUCGAUGAGAGAAGUUCUCAUCACUUGGAUUCGGCCCUUCCGUAUGUUCCUCGCCGAACCUAUCGUUCUGACCUUGUCCCUACUGAGCGGAUUCACCGAUGCCUUAAUCUUCAUUUUCAUCCAGUCUUUCGGUCUGGUUUACGCACAAUGGGACUUUGGCCCUGUCGCUCUUGGUCUCUCCUUUCUUCCUAUUAUGCUAGGGUAUGUCAUCGCUUGGCUUAUUGCCAUACCAGUGAUUAGACGCAAUGUGAGAGAGAGACAAUUGAAGCCAAACGAUGAGCGUGCGCAAUAUGAGUCGCGGCUUUGGUGGCUUCUGUACACUGCCUUGUGUCUUCCCAUUGGCAUGAUUGGCUUUGCGUGGACAAGUCUUCCGCAGUGCCAUUGGAUCGGGACGAUGGUUUUCUCUGCAAUCAUCGGAGUUGCCAAUUUCAGUAUUUUCAUGGGGACUAUUGACUACAUGAUCUGCGCCUACGGGCCUUACUCUGCUUCCGCAGCUGGCGGAAAUGGCUGGUCCAGGGACUUCUUGGCCGGAGUACUCACUGUCCCUGCCACCCCCUUCUAUGAAAACAUUGGUGGCAAAUAUCAUCUCGAAUAUGCAUCGACAAUUCUAUUUGCUAUAUCCGUUGUCCUUGUUAUAACUGUCUACGUGAUCUAUUGGUAUGGGCCUAUUCUUCGAAAACGCUCGCCCUUUGCACAGCAAUUGAUCGACGCCCGGGUGGAGACACACAAUCGCAUUCUUGAGCGCGAUAUUCCGAUGGGAAAAUCCAAUCAACUCGCCAGAUCGCAGCAGAGCUUGCGAAUCCGCCAGAUGGGAAGCCGUCCGGGCAGUCUUGCGAACUCACGUGUUAACUCUUGUGUAAAUUCCCGUGCAAAUUCGCGUCGCAACUCCAUGGCUUGA